AUGCGGCAGGCCGUAUUUGUCCAGAAGAGGCAUGUGCCGGAGCUGCACUUGACGGCGUUGAGGUUGGAGCAUGACAAAACUGGCGCAGAGUACCUCCAUGUCGCUCGGGACGACAAGAACAAUGUCUUUGCAAUCAACUUCAAAACAAAUCCUACCGAUAGAACUGGCUUGCCCCAUAUCCUCGAACACGUUACGCUAUGUGGGAGCGAAAAGUAUCCCGUCCGGGAUCCCUUUUUCAAAAUGAUGCCGCGAUCGCUGGCCAAUUUUAUGAAUGCAUUUACGUCUUCGGACUACACGUCAUAUCCAUUUGCCACUACAAAUCUUCAAGAUUACCGCAAUCUGUCGUCAGUCUACAUGGAUGCAACUCUCCACCCACUGUUGAAACGUACCGACUUUUUGCAAGAAGGAUGGCGGCUUGGUCCGGAAGACCCCCGAGAACCCCCGACGGAGGACAAUAUCAAGUUCAAAGGAGUUGUCUAUAACGAGAUGAAAGGGCAGAUGUCAGACGCCAGCUAUCUCUUCUACAUCAGGUUUAGAGAACAUCUCAUACCAUCUCUGCACAAUUCUGGUGGUGAUCCUGAGUUCAUGACUCAGCUCACACACGAUCAACUCGUCAACUUCUCCCGGAAGAACUACCAUCCCAGCAACGCAAAGAUAUUCUCUUACGGCAGCUUAAGCCUGGCCGAACAACUUCAGUAUGUGGACGAGGCCAUCUCAAAAUUCGACAAGGCCACGCCAGAUACGGAGAUCAAGAUGCCAAUCAGUUUUUCCAAUGGAUUCAUCGCUUUCGAGGUACCCGGCCCGGUCGAUGCGAUGCAACCCCCUGACCGGCAAUUUAAGUCUUCCAUUUCCUGGAUGGGAUGUCCCUCCUCCGAUGUGGUAGAGACCUUUUGUAUCGGCAUAAUGAUGUCGUUGUUGAUGAGUGGUUACGGUUCCCCUCUAUAUCAAGGGUUAAUCGAGUCGGGCUUAGGAACUAACUUCAGCCCAAAUUCCGGAUACGACGCCUCUGCAAGGGUUGGAGUUUUCUCCAUCGGACUAGACGGUAUGAAAGCUGAAGAUAUUGCUGGCUUGAAAAAGAGAAUUCAGACAACUUUGCGAGACAAAGCCCACGAGGCUUUUCAACCAAACAAGAUCGAAGGUUACAUGCAUCAACUGGAGCUUUCCUUGAAGCAUAAAACAGCCAAUUUUGGGAUGGGCUUACUGGAGAAAACUCUCCCUGGGUGGUUUAAUGGAGUCAACCCAAUGGAUUUCCUGGCAUGGAACGAAGUCAUCGAUGCUUUCAAACAACGGAUGAAAGAAGAGAAAUAUCUUAACCAACUUGUACAAAAAUAUCUCUUGAACGACAAUUGCAUGCAAUUCACCAUGACUCCUUCGGAGUCUUACGGUGCCGCCUUGGAGGCACGGGAAGAAGAACGGAGGAGGAACAUUCUAGAGACAGUCAAGAACGCUUCCAGUUCACCCGAGACCGCCAUUUUGGAGCUUGGUCGGCAGGAACUUGAGCUCGUCGAGGAACAAGAGAAGGCUCAAGACAAGAAUCUGGAUACCCUCCCAACUCUCCGCGUCAGCGAUAUCACUCGAGACAAGGAAAGAAAGCCAAGAUAUCAUCAGAAGAUAGGUGAAGUGGAUUGCUUAUGGCGUGAAACCGAGACGAACGGGAUCACAUAUUUCCAGGCAAAGAACCUCUUCAGAAACCUCCCUAACGAGCUUAGGGUCUUGUUACCACUAUUCACGGAUUCAUUGAUGCGGUUAGGCACCAAAACAAUGUCUGUGGGAGAUCUCGAAGCCGAAAUUCUUCUUAAGACCGGCGGCAUAACGGUGUCCUCAUUUGCGGCGCCCGAUCCGUGGAGUCUGGACAAAUGUAAUGAAGGGCUCUUGGUGGAUGGCUAUGCGCUGGACAGAAAUGUACCAGCAAUGCUUGAUCUUAUCCGCACACUGCUAUUGGACAUUGACUUUACAAGUCCCGGAGCUAUUGCUGCAAUUCGGGAGCUUCUGGAAUCUAAGGCUUCCGGGGCUCUGGAUACAGUGGCGGAAAGCGGUCACCACUUCGCCGUCACGAGCGCUUCUGCUGCGCUGACACAAAGAGGGUGGAUUCAGGACCAGCUCUCUGGACUCUCGCAAAUAGAAUCCACCGCUCGUAUACUGGAUCAAGCCAGACGUGAUCCAGAAAGCUUGGUGCAGGUCAUACAGAACCUGCAAACCAUCCAAUCGAUAGCAAUCGCCAACUCGUCCGACUUGUCGCUGCGUGUCGUGUGUGAAGCUGCCUCGGUCAAGGGCAAUCGAGAUCUCAUUCAGAACUUCCUUGCCCAGUUACCACGAGCCCAGCCAUCAGUGAGUGACUCGGUUCUAUCGAGUGUGAUACCGGGCUCGUCACUUUCACGACGAGCUUUCUUCGACCUGCCAUUUCAAGUUUCUUAUACGGGAACAUGCCUCCAAACCGCACCCUAUAAUUCACCAGACAAAGCACCACUCACUGUGCUUGGCCAACUCUUGGUCCACAACUUUCUCCAUCCCGAGGUGCGAGAGAAGGGUGGCGCAUAUGGUGCGUCGGCGAGUGCGAGCCCGAUCAGUGGAUUGUUCACCAUGUCGUCGUAUCGAGAUCCCAAUCCUCGCACUUCGUUGAGUGUGUUCGAGCGCGCGGGACUCUAUGCCCGUGAUAGGGUCUGGAGUGGCCGCGAGCUUGAGGAGAGCAAGCUGAGCAUUUUUCAAGGAGUUGACGCUCCCACAAGCGUGAGCAGCGAAGCAAGUAAAGAGUUCAUGUACGGCAUCACCGAAGAUAUGGACCAGGAAAUGCGCGAACGCUUACUGAGUGUCACGAAGGAGGCUGUGCAGUCAGUCGCUCAGAAGUACCUCGUGGACCUCCCUUCGGAUUUGAGGUCUAUGUGUGUCCUAGGGGAAAAGAAAGACUGGGUCGAGCGAGAUCCGAAUGAAUGGCAAGUCAAGACUUUGAAGAUGUCAGCCGAAAAUUAA